CCGUAUCUGCCAUGAUUGAUUUUUAGCGUCUCUGUGUUUCUGAUUAUAGCAAAGUUCGCGGAUUAUGUAUAAAUUGUACAAGCAUAAAGUUGACUUAGGGGUAAUAUAAGUAAUUAAUAAAAUGGUUUUUAAUAUUUUUAAUCAAUUUUAGUAUGAUUUAUUCACAUGUCCUAUAAACUCUUGUUUGACGUGUAGGGCAUUGUGUUGAAAUAGCAGCCAUUUGUUUGUACCAUCAGGAACUUUGCUAAAAUAAAAAUGGAAAUGUUUUGAUACAGUUUUACUGUAAAUUUAUAGGUAGACAGAAUGGUUGUGGAUUUGGCUCCUCGUUCUGUACCUCAUAAAAUGCAGGCCACGGGGAUGUCACCCCGAGAACUGUCAGAGAAUGAUGAUCUUGCUACAUCGAUUGUAUUGGAUCCACAUUUGGGUUUCACUACACAUAAAAUGAACAUACGAUAUCGUCCUAUUAAAGCUAACGUUAAUGAAUUACGUAAUAUCAUUACUGAAUUUAUUCGUACACAAAAUUAUGAACGAGCUUAUGCUAAAAUAUCGAGGGGAGAAUGGAUACCACGGGGCAAUUCACAUACAAGAUCCAAAUUACAACAGGAGAGACUUAAAGAUCAUAUUUAUAGGUAUUUAAGAGUAUUUGACAAAGAUUCAGGAUUCGUGAUCGAACCAUGCUUUCGGUAUUCAUUAGAAGGGCAGAAAGGUGCGAAAGUAUCAUCGACAAAAAAAUGGUUCAAAAACGAAAAAAUCGAAUUUUUGGUUGGAUGUAUCGCCGAAUUAACAGAAGAAGAAGAAGGACAAUUAUUACAUCCAGGCAAAAAUGAUUUUUCAGUUAUGUACAGUUGUAGAAAAAAUUGUGCCCAAUUAUGGUUAGGACCAGCCGCAUAUAUAAAUCAUGAUUGUCGUGCAAAUUGUAAAUUUGUUGCAACCGGUAGAGAUACUGCUUGCGUAAAAGUAUUACGUGAUAUUGAAGUUGGUGAAGAAAUAACAUGUUUUUAUGGUGAGGAUUUUUUUGGAGAUAACAAUUGCUAUUGCGAAUGUGAGACUUGCGAACGACGUGGAAUGGGUGCAUUCGCAAAGGAAAAAUCACAGAAUGAAGAAAUGGUUAAAGGCUAUCGUUUACGUGAAACGGAUAAUCGUUUAAAUCGUACUAAACCGAAUAAAAAUAAUCAAAAAAUACAGAUGUUAGAUAAAGCCAGUAUUGAAAAUAAUAAUACAAAUGAACCUGUUGAGAAAGUUGUCACACCACUAAGUAUGCGAGAACUUCGACAAAAAGGUUUAACAAAAUAUGAUGCGGAGUUAUUAAUUGCCCAAGGUUGCAAAUUUUCGGAUAUUGAUGAAGAAACAAAUCGCAAAGGUUCAAUAACAAAUGUACGAAAUGGAUCGUUAUUAAACGAUAAUGAGAAUAUUAGAACACGAGAACGCCGAAGUGUACGCCGAAUUCAAUCUGGUUGGGAUGAACAGCAUAAUACAACAUCAAACUCACAAACAACAACGCGUGCAUCUCGCUUACAACAACGAAAUGCUCGGCUUGCAAACCAAGAUAUUAGUCGAUCGUUGUCAGGGCGGCAAACUUUAUCGAGGUCUAGUAUGUUAGAUGAAUGUCAAAGUAAUUCCAGCAGUUGUACAGGAAGUAUCAGUGAACAUGAUUUAGUGAGUGAUGCCACACAAAGGUGUACAAUUUUUAAUGGUGUACAUGAAAGUGGACAGUUGCAUCCGCGACAACAAAAUGUUAAUUCCUCAGGUAUCAUGUUACGAAAUCAUAAGAGACUUACUGAACCAGUCACAUUGACACCUGAAUGUCCGUCAAAAAGUGGUAAUAAACUUAGUAGUAGUAAUAAUGAUAUUACAAAUUCUAGCAGUAAUUUAGAACAUUUAAAAAAUUGUGAAAAAAUUCCACGUUUAGAGUUAAAAGUUGAAGAAAUGGUUAGAACGAAUUUAACAACCGCCGAAGAAUCAUCAACCAAUAGUGUUAAUGUAGAUAAUAAUACCGAUAAAAAAUCAGUUGCAAAAACUCAAGUUGAACGACGAAGUAACGGCCAAUUUGCACCAAAAAUUCCUUCAUCUUCAUUAAAUAGUUUAACAUUAUCUACACGUCAGCCGCGUACUACAACAAUUAAAACACAAUCCAAAAUAGGAUUAACUGCUGCACCGAUGUCUUCAAUACUGCAUCGACCGAUAACGAGGGCAGAAACACGUUGUAAUAGUAAUGCAUCAUCAACCGAACUUAGUGUUAGUGGUAUAAACAGUGAUGUGUAUGAAUUUAGCGAACCUGCAGAAAAUAAAGAUACAAGCGCUAAUGUGAUAAUCCAAACAUCAAACAGUGAAGAAACUGUAUCAACAAUCGGAGCUAAUAAUAUUCCGGAAAUAAACUGUGAUUUGAAGCAAGAUACUGCCAAUGGUAAUUGUGUUAGUACUCAAUUAGGUGGGCAAGAUAAUGAUAAUAGUCGAGUAACACUUCAAACAGAGAAUCAUUCAACCAGUGCCGGAAAUGAUGAUGCUAAUAAAAUUGAAACCUCAAACGAGGAAUCUUCAAAAGUGGCAUCAUCUCCAACGGCAGUCACCUCAUCCAGUGAACCACCACGAAUUUCGGGUGGUCGUUUAAAGUUAACACUACGUAUGAAACGUAGUCCCGUACUGGAUGAGGUAAUUGAAUCUGGUUUAAGUGAAGAUAAUUAUAAGACUGAAUAUGAAGUGUUACGUGUUGAGGGAGUUGAUAGUGAUCAUCGAUCAUUCAGUAGUACGAAUUCACAUCGAAAAAAACGCCAUAAAGCUAAAGAUCGUCGGCGUGAACGGCGUUUGAAACGCAGUACACAAGAUCCGAUUAUAUUACAUCCUCCAAUGAAAAGACUGCGGCUCAUAUUCGGGAAUGAGACGCAUACUAUCGAUAUCCCGUCCACCAGUGCCAACUGACUAACACAAUACCUAGCCACCACAUUACGCUUCUCCUGGCAAGCGCUGCUAGGGCUUUAAAUAUGUUUUUUUUAAAUAAAUCAGCAUGAAUCAUUUAU